AUGGUCAACCACGUCGCCUCUUUCUCUCCGAUUGCGGUACCUAACAUCAACACAACGUACACCAGAUACGACAUCAAAGAGCUGAAGAUGAACAUCUCCAACAUUAAAUCGGCAGGUCUGGCAGCUAUACAGGGCAAGGAUCUGGGCUUCACAAAUACAGAGCUGACAGCCAAAGCCACGUCUCAACCAUCGGAAACGCUUUCCUUCCAGGACUUCAAGACCCUCAUUGUUUCUUUUGCAAUGAUGGGAGCAAACCAGGAAUUUCGCGAGAAUGGUCAGCACUGGGAAGACAGCAGUGUCUCUGCACAAGAAUGCGCCUUGUACUUUUGCACCAACAUUUACCAGUCAGAUAUUGUCCAAGGCGACUUGCGAGAAACAAUUCUCGGAACAUACACGGAUCGAAAUCUCGACUCGUUCCUUGCAAAGGAUCCCCAGUAUGCAGCCAGCUCAAAAUGGUACAACGCAAAUACCAGCUACACCCUGUACCAUGGCAAAACGGACAUGAACCGAACCGACCUGCAAAUGUUCAUCUCAAAGGAACACUACCACACUUCUACAGGCCUGGACGUUGGACAGGAUUUGAAGUUCAACAUCUCUCAGAAUGCCGCCGAGUCUAUAACAGGCUUGUUUAUGAAUGAGUUCGCGCGCCGCGCAAGCCCCCUGGCAACGAAGCAGCUUGUCUAUCCUGCAGUUGGAACGGUUGGAACUACCAGUCAACCUCAUGUGAUAGACAGUUUGGGUACAUCCAAGAACCUUACGGCCACCUUUGAGACAGUGGCAGCUAGCAUGUCAAAGUACAUACGCGACCUCUCUCUGGAAACCGAGCCUAAUGAAGGCGAGACCCAGAAUUGGAUAGUGUUCAUCCGAGUCGAAUGGGGAUUUCUAUCUCUACCAAUUGCGGCUCUUCUAGGGGGAUGCUUGUUCUGUCUGCUGUCCAUAGUGGAAACAAAACGACUAGGCCUUCCUGCGUGGAGAGGAAGCUCAUUAGCAGGGUUGGCACACGGGCUUGAUAAGCAGUCAAGGGAGCAGUUGAGAGAGGCGGAUGGGCUGUCGCAGAUGGAUGAGCAUGCCAAACUCUACAAGGUCCGCUUCGUGGACUCUGAUCUAGGUCCAGAGCUGAAGUUGAGUCAUGCGCAAGCGCAAUAA